AUGGGUGUCCCUUACUCCAACAUGCCAAGUGACUUCCGGCGGUUACCCGUACUUCUGCGAGCCUCAGAUCCCAGGUGUUGCUGCUUGGGCAGGCCAGGACGCCGUAUUGCAGGUCAUCCAACAUGCAUCAGAUGGGACCCUUUACCAGUGCGCUGCAAUCAAAUUCGUCACUGGCGGGCCAUAUACAAGUUAUACUACGAUGCAAUGCAGAAAUUCAACGUCGCCUGCUACGAAUGCUGUUUGGGUGUAGUGUUAUCUACGGCAUUGGCAAUAUUCAGGAUGCACUCGAGUAUAAAUCGACGAUCUGGUUCUAAGAAGGAUGUCCGGUACCCAAACUUGGAAGCUAAGAAGGGCUUAACUGUAACAAGUAAAAAUAUCAACCGUAAAUACAAUCAACUUUCUAGAUAG